AUUGUUAUUUAGAGAUCUUUUCUUCAUAUCGAUUCAAGGGUCUGGAAGCACUGAGCCCCAGUGUGGCACCUCUGAGACUGUGCCAUGCCUUCCAAGUUGCAGAGCGCUUUCCCAGCACUGUGUCUCUUUGGGGUCUUGACCUUACUUCUGUGCCCUUCUGGCUUGUGUGAUUGCAAAAUGUUCCCAAGCGUUGCCCAUGGAUUCCAUAAAGACGUGAGCUCAUUUUUCUCCUUUACUACUGCGGUGCAGUAUAAAUGCAAUGAAGGUUACGUUCUGGUUGGACAGUCCAAAAUCACCUGCAGAAACUCCCGCUGGUCGGCUUCGGCUCCUGAAUGUAAAGCCCUGUGUCAGAAACCAGAGAUAAAGAAUGGAGACCUGACUGUGCCUAAGCACCAGUACGUUGAGCCUGAAAAUGUGACCGUCCGGUGUAAUGAUGGCUAUGAUAUGGUUGGUUCCCCAAAUCUUACCUGCUCCGGGAACGGAAUGUGGUUGCCAGCAGUGCCCAAGUGUCAGUGGGUAGAGCAGAUGGGCUGUGAGCAAGUGCUAAAAGGCAAAAAGCUCCUGGAAUGCCUCCCCUCCCCGGAGGAUGUGAAAAUGGCCCUGGAGGUGUAUAAGCUGUCAGUGGAGAUUGAGCGCCUGGACAAGAGUUCGGCUUGAGGGGAAUGCCGUUGAGAAACCAGUACGUCCACACCCCCCGUGCCUGCUGCCUCCCUGCAAAAAAGAGAGAAUUAGGUACAUUUUUCCAUUAGCAACCCUACUAAUUGUUCCUUAAGUACUGUUUACUAAAAAAAAAAAAAAAAAAAAAAAAA